AUGGGGAGCGAGAAGUACCUGCCGGAGCUUAUGGCAGAGAAGGACACGCUGGAUCCGUCUUUUCAGCACUCUAUGCGGCUACUGGAUCAAGAGAUCGAAAAAAUCCAGAAAGAUGAGGGGAAGGAGGAGGAGAAGUUCAUCGACGUCGUAAUCAACAAGAACAUGAAACUGGGCCAGAAAGUUUUGAUACCAGUCAAGCAGUUUCCUAAAUUUAACUUUGUCGGCAAACUCCUCGGGCCACGCGGGAACUCGUUAAAGAGACUACAGGAGGACACUCUCACAAAGAUGUCAAUUCUGGGGAAAGGAUCCAUGAGGGACAAAGAAAAGGAGGAAGAGCUACGGCAGAGCGGCGAGGCCAAAUAUCACCACCUGAACGAAGACCUGCACGUCCUCAUCGAGGUGUUCGCGCCGCCGGCCGAGGCCUACGCCAGGAUGGGUCACGCUCUGGAGGAGAUCAAGAAGUUUCUCAUACCAGAUUACAAUGACGAGAUCAGACAGGCCCAGCUGCAGGAGCUCACGUACCUGAACGGCGGCUCCGAGGACGCCAAGGUGCCGUCGGUGAGGGGCAAGUCAGCGGCCCGUGGCAGAGGGACACCUGUUCCAGGGCCUCCCAGGAGUCGCGGAGGCGUUCCCCCCCUGCACGCGGCGGUGCCCCGAGGGGCGGCGCCCAGAGGAGCCCUGCCCAGCCGCGCCCCCUCCUCCAGAGGCAGGGCGGUCCAGAGAGCCAGAGGCGCCCCCCCGGCCCCCGGGUACAGGCCGGCUCCGCCCAUAGUCCAGGACACAUACGGCGAAUACGAAUACGACGACGGCUACGGAACGGCUUACGACGACCAGGGCUACGAAUCCUACGACAACUACAGCAAUCAAGGACAAAACUCAGACGACUACUACGAAUACGGACACAGCGGGGAGUCGUACGACUCGUACGGUCAGGAAGAGUGGGCAAACAACCGCGGCAAGGCUCCGUCGGCAAGAACGACCAAGGGAGUGUACAGAGAUCAGCCAUACUCCAGAUAUUGAACUGUUUAUACAACCCCCCGCACCUGAGUCCCCAUGGCUGUUUCAACCCAAGUAAUGGAUUUUUUAUGGACGCUCCCACCUUUUUAGAAUUGAAAAUCUAAAAGCGCAAAAAA